AUGGACUUGGACAACACAUCUCCACCGUCGUCGUCGAGACUUCCGCCUCCUUCUACAACACCGUCGAUGCAGGUGACCAACAGGGUCAAGCGGCCAAACUUGUUGCACCUGUCCAAUACCGGAUAUAACGGCAGCGUCGAUAACAGUCACAACGCCGACCAAAGCGACGCCCUUCUGCAAUCUCCGCUGGCCCCCAACCCCGACGCAGCCGCCGCCAAUGUCGACUUCCCUGCAAUCCUGUCCAACGGACAACCAGUCACGAUUUCAGUAACUAAACACAAUACGAGAAAGUCGCAUCUGUCGUCGCCGUCGGUGUACAGGAAGGCCAAACGGAGGGCGCUGUACAAGAAUGGCGAGUGCAACAUCGUCCUGGAAAACGUGUCGAAACUUCGGCGGCGGUACAUGCAAGACCUGUUCACCACACUGGUGGACGCGAGAUGGCGAUGGACCCUGUGCGUGUUCGUCAUGAGUUUCCUGCUCAGUUGGCUCGCUUUCGGCAUCAUCUGGUACCUGAUCGCCUUCACUCACGGCGACCUCACCCCCGAGAACAUCGACAACCCGUCUUGGUCGCCGUGCGUGAUCAACAUGAAAACGUUUAUAGCCAGUUUCUUGUUCAGCGUGGAGACGCAGCACACCACGGGGUUCGGUUACCGCAUGGUCACGGAAGAAUGUCACGAGGCCAUAGUGUUUUUCUGUUUCCAGAGCAUCGCCGGUUUGAUGAUCCAAGCGUUCAUGGUGGGCAUCGUGUUCACGAAAAUGGCACGUCCAAAACAACGAAGCCAAACAAUCAUGUUCAGCAAGAACGCGGUAAUAUGCCGAAGGGACGGGCAGCUGUGUCUUAUGUUCCGCGUUGGUGACAUGAGGGAAAAAUCGCAUCUGAUCGGCACCACGAUCCAGACCAGACUUAUAAGAUCUCGAGUGACACCGGAAGGAGAGGUGUUAUCGCCACAUGUUACGUAUUUGAAGAUAAGCAUAGACGACCACGAUGAACGCGUAUUUCUAAUGUGGCCGACCGUAGCCGUACAUAGGAUUGACCAGGACAGUCCACUAUACGGGCUGAGCGCUGCGGACCUGUUGAACGAGAGAUUCGAAGUGAUCGUGAUCCUGGAGGGCACCACCGAGUCUACGGGGCAGACUACGCAGGCGCGGACGUCGUACAUGGCGUCAGAAGUCCUGUGGGGCCACAGGUUUCGCCCGUUGGUCAAAUAUUGCAAGACGAAAUUGAUGUACGAAGUCGACUACUCGCAGUUCCACGACGUGUUCAAUGUUGACACGCCACUGUGCAGUGCCAAAGAUCUUGAAACGUACUUGAUGAUCAACGAGCCGAAGGUCAUAGUAUGA